ACCAAAAGAAUAAACUAUGGAUCCCAAUCAGAAAGAGAAUGAACCAACAUCUAACAGAUUUGGGUCCAAGGGGCCCUUCUUGGUUGGGCCCGGUCCAGGUCAUUACAUGCUAUUUUAGGGUGCGUGAUGCUUUUCUGUUUUUUCCUUUUUCUUCCCCAAAGGUGCGAGAUGUUUUUCAAAGAGAGGUCUGCAGAGUCGGGAAUGGGACUCCAAAGGCGGAGAGGAGGAGGAGGAGGGGGAGGCGGGGGAGGAGAUGGUUCACCGCAGCUGAGAGCACCUGACCACCAAAACUGUACUUCUAUGGCUCCCACCAUCUCCGGAAUAGAACAGACACUCCUUAACGCUGCAUCUAGGCUGAAAGGGAGAAGAGGUGGGCGAUGGGCAGGCGGAGCAGGAAGAGGGGAGGGAAGAGUCGCAGUGUGGAGAAAGAGGAGUGAGGGGAGGGGGGAAGAAGAGAAGGGCACAAGUGAAGAUGGGAGAAGAGGGGGGCGAUGGGCAGAAAAGGUGGGAGGGAAGGUGGUGCAGAAAGAGGGGAAGGAAGGAAGAGUCGCAGUGUGGGAAAAGAGGAGCGAGGGGAGGGGGAAGAAGGGAACAGCACAAGUGAAGAUAACGAGGCUUCGGAAGGAGAGGAAGGAAGCAGAGGAGGAAGUGGAGGAAGUGGAGGAGAAGAGGGAGAAGAGGGAGAGGAGGAGGGGACGAGUAGGAGCAGGAGUGAUAUGGAGCAGAAGAGGAGAAAGAGGAGGAGGUGGAAGGAUGGAGGAAGGCGAGGAGGAUGGCGACGGGAACGAGGAGAUGAAGAGGGGAGGACGGAUGGGGGCGGUAAGUGGUGGAGGAGAGGGGAGAGACAUGAAGGGCGGGGGAGAGAAGACGGAAGAGGAAGAUAGAGAGUGGCCAGGGAAAGAAGGAAGGGGAAAGACAAGGGGGAGAGGAAGAAGCGCAGAGGGGGGGAAGGCGGGGGAAAGAACAGGAAAAGGCGAAAGAAUUGGAGGAAAGGAAGGAGGAGUGGGAGAGGAGGAGGCAGUGAGAGAAGAGGGGGGAAGGAGGGUAGAGGGAGGGAGAGGAGAAAGCGGUGAAGGGGAGGAGGGAGAACAGAAGGCAGAGACAGAAGAGGAUGAAGGAGGGGGGAAGAGGAGGAAGGCGGGCAGGGGGACGGGAAGAGGAGGCAUGAGGGAAGGGGGGAAGGGAGGACUAGGGGAGGAUGAGGAGCGGAGGGGAACGGAGAGGGGGGGAGGUGUGAAGAGGCGAGGGGGCGUGGAAAGGAGGAAGGAGAGGGCGAAGAGGAGGAUAGAAAGGGAAGACGAGGAGGAGAGAGGGGUACAGAGGAGGAGGAAGGGGGGAGGGAAGAGGACGAAGGGGCAGUGUAGCACAGUAGGAGAGCGAAGAGGAGAUAAAGAACAGGUGAAGAGCAUAACAGGGCGAGGAAGAGGACAAGACAAGGCGGGAGGCGAUCAUCAGGUUUUCAAGGAGAAGAGAGAAGGGGAGGAGAAGAGAGGGCGAAAGGUCGAGAAGAAGAGGGGGAAAAGGGAGGCGGACGGGGGAGAAGAGGAGGGAGGAGAAGUACGUAGAAGAGGACGAGGAGGAGAGGAGACAACGAAAAGGGAGGAAAAGCGGGAAAGGGGGAAGGGAAAGAGGAGAGGGAGGGAAGAGGAGGUAGAGACCGACGAAGAGGAAGCGUGAUGCCUAAGAAGAACAUGAACGCGGAGAAGAGUUGCGCCGCCAGGGAGCAACAGGAAGAAAAAUGAGCAGCAGCACGACAAGGAGGAAGGAACAAGAGCAAGAGGGUGCUGCAGGGGGGGCACAUGCACAAGAAAAACAGGAGCGGGGGAGAAAUGCCACAAAAGCAAAGUAGGAAAACUACAAGAAUGAAACGAAAAAGCACCC